AUGCCUUCAUUUAUCCGUCACGGUCCAACCAUUCCAAGACGAACUGAUAUCUGUCCUCCUGACCCAACUUCUGCAUAUGCUUCUGCUGGAGAUGGAAUUGUUUCCAGAAACCAGAGUUUCCUCCGAACUCCAGUGCAGAGGCCACCGCAUGAAAUAAUGAGACGUGAAAGCAACAGACUGUCUGCACCUUCCUACCUUGCAAGAAGUUUAGCUGACGUCCCUAGAGAAUACGGCUCUUCCUCCCAGUCUUUUCUGACAGAAGCUAAUUCCGUGCUGGAAAACGGAGAUGCCGGUGCCCGUUGUUAUUAUUAUGACCAUUUCUAUGAUGCCCAGAGGAGACGCCAGCUCAACGAUCGCCUGCACGAUGACUACAGGUAUUACGAGCACAACAGUGACAUCUUCCAGAGGGUGUCACAGAAUCAUGGCAGGCACACUUCAGGCAUCGGUAGACUUGCUGCUACAUCUCUAGGAAACUUAACAAAUCAUAGUUCUGAAGAUUUACCUCUUCCUCCUGGCUGGUCAGUGGACUGGACUAUCAGAGGAAAUUGUUUUUCCUAAUCCAGUUUAAAAAGUGGAGUUGUUUUUGUCUCAUGUAAUGUGCCAAAAAAACCCCCUUUAUUUUUAGAAGUAAGCCUUACUGGUUCUUGACUAAGUUUUUUAGAAGAAGUUCUACUGCUCAGAGGUUACAACUUUGUCUGUCUCCCUCUGUACAGUGUUCCCCGCUACGACCAGCCUCCCCCAGUGAGUUACCAGCCCCAGCAAGCUGAGAGGAGCCAGCCCCUCCUGGUCCCUGCAAACCCCUACCACACUGCUGAGAUUCCAGACUGGCUGCAGGUCUAUGCCAGGGCUCCUGUCAAAUACGAUCACAUUCUGAAGUGGGAGCUGUUCCAGCUGGCCGACCUGGACACCUACCAGGGGAUGCUGAAGCUGCUGUUCAUGAAGGAACUGGAAAGGAUCGUGAAGCUGUACGAGGCCUACAGGCAGGCCCUGCUGACCGAGCUGGAGCACCGCCAGCAGAGGCAGCAGUGGUACGCCCAGCAGCACGGCAAGAACUUCUAA